UCCACAUCAGCCGCAUCGAAAUUCGUAACGAGGAAAGCAUGGAUCUGAAGCAGUACGUGUUCAAGAAGCACUUGAAACAACACAUCAUUCGGAUGACCGGAGACAUAGUUCGCAUUCGAGACAAGUUGGUGAAGCUGAUGGAGCCCUUGAUAAGGCAAGUGACCAAGGCCGGGAUCAUGUACGGCUCCGUGGAUCCCGCAACCAUGCAUCCAUAUCGGCCUCAAGCGGCUAUGGCAGAAAUCCAUAAACGCCGAGACGGACAGCAGCUGAGGUGGGCGUUUCCUGUCCUCGCGAAGCUGUCCACCCUGGCUCGCGCCAUGGGAUAUCUUGUAAGCAAGGACUUGUUCUUGUGACAACGCGAGCGGGACGUUCAAAGUGCUGCUGCCUCGUAGGUGGAGGCUAACGCUGAAAUGUUCUAUGGCUGCCUGAAAGAGGUCGCGGACGGUUCGAGUAAAGAGGGCCAGAAGAAGGCGCAGGCGACGCUGCGGAAGGAUCCGACGUUCGUGUCGCUAAUGGAGGACAUUCAGGGACAGCGCGACCGAGGGUUCGAGAUGCACCCGAAGAUGGUCAAGCUCCAGACGUUGUUGAUCGACUAUUUUGCCAAGCAGGCGGACGGGGAAGGCGGGGAGAGCGAUUCCAAAGUCAUGGUGUUUGUCACCUUCCGCGGAGUCGUGGAUGAGAUAGUGGAAAUGCUCAACCGAGAAAAUCCGCUUAUCCGAGCGACGCCGUUCAUAGGACAGAGCACGGAUAAGAAAGGCAAGAGCGGAUACACCCAGAAGAAGCAGCUGGAUGUCUGUGAGGAACAGUUUCGCUGCCGAUACAGAAGCUGAUACGGGUUGCAGGUCAUGGAACGCUUUAAGAAAGGAGAAUGGAACGUCCUUGUAUGCACCUCGAUCGGAGAAGAAGGAUUAGAUAUUGGCGAAAUCGACAUGAUCGUUUGCUAUGAUGCUCAGAAGACUCCGAUUCGCAUGGUAAACCAAUUCUUCGAAGGACGACGAUAAUCUGACGUGUCCUAAUAGUUGCAACGCAUUGGUCGGACAGGACGAAAGCGCGACGGAUACGUGCACGUCCUUCUCGCGGAGGGUCGCGAGGAAUCCAACUGGGACAAGGCCAAAGAACAAUAUGCAGCUGUGCAGGAUUCCAUCGUUCGUUCAGAACAGCUAGAACUGUAUGCGGACGUUGAGCGUCUCAUCCCGGAGAGCAUCAAGCCGGUACCGGAGGAGAAGGUCAUGGAGAUCGAGGAAUAUGAACGGCCCCAGGCUCGGAGGGCCAAGCAGAAGGAAGAAGGCUUCAUUCGUGCCCUCGAGAACAAGAGGAAGAAGAAAAGCCAUGUCGGAGUUGACCUUCCUGCUGGCGCAGCGUCCGGCUUUGUCUCGGUCAAGGACCUCAUCGUCAAACAAACGAAGAAACGCAAGCAACCGGAAGAGUUUGACCCAGACGGUGGCGUCGACGAUGACACGGAUAAAGAGAUUGAAGAGGGCUUGCGAUCGUUGCGUAGGACUGUGUCGACACCUGUCGGGGCGAAGAAAUCACAGAAGCGGCGGACGGACAGUGUGCGGUCCGAAGGCGUAGCACAGAAAGCAAGCAAAGCCAAGGUUACCGCACCACGGAAAAAGAACAAGAAACUAGCGGUACCGGAUGGCAAGGAGCUGCCCCGUGUCGUCGAGGACGACUCCGAUGAUGUAGACAUUGAACGAGGGUUGACUACUUUCAAUACAGCCCUCAAAGCGUUCUCAUUGCCUGCUCAACGUGUUCAAUCUCGCACCUCGCCGGUUCCAUCCAGAAAGAUCGCGGUUGAUAGGUCGUUCAUCGACUUGGAUCCAUCCGAUGGCGUACGAUCCUCGCCCGCGAGUGACUCAGGUUCCCCUCGCCGGAAGAUAUUAACGACACCCGACAAACGUCAUUUGCCCACGUCCCUUCGACCUUCCAAGAGCAGAUCCACCAGCGCCAGCAGGUCGAGAUCCCCCGAACCAUCACCAACUGCCGAAGAUAUGCCACCUUCAUCUCCGGCGGGACCGUCGACUCCAGCUUCGCAUCGUGAACGGUCGGCAUCCCACGAACAUGAUGACAUCAGCUGGCUGCUAGAGGACUCUGAAGAUGAAGCUGUAGUCAACGCGCCCGCACCACUACGAUCCCCGCAGCGACCGAAUGGGCCAGGAUUUACCUCCAACAUGUCCCCGAAACGCUCGAAGGCGGUCAAAGGAGAUAUGGCACCUCCGGAUAUACCUGCGAGAAUCUCCGGAAGGCCCGAAAUCGAGUCGCCAGUGCCGUUCGAAUCCUCAUUGCCCCUACGAGCUGCCGGAAAGCGGCGGGCAAAAGUGCUCGAGAGCCCAGGAUUACUAGGUUCAUCGCCGUCGGAGAUGCCACCUCCUUCACAACGGCGGCUUCGACGCUUACCUUCCCAGAGCCCCGAAGCCCCGAAAGCGAAGCGGAAGAAGAGAAAAGUGCAGGAUACUGCUGAGCUCGCCAAGAUCAACCCGUGGGUCGAGGUGGAGGCGGACCAUUCCGGCGACGAAGUGAGCGAAGGCUCGUCCCUCGACGACUUCCUUGUCGAAAGCGAAGGCGAUCGUCAGUUCCUGGAAGAGGCUGACGAGACCCAGGCUUCGCCGAGCUACCAGCAGACCCAGAUAUAUCGCGAGAGUUUGUUGUCGCAGGCACCGAACAGAGCCGGUGGCCCUCUGUUCGCGAACCGACCAGCGCGCCGUGGGGCUCUGGGUAUCGCAGGCGGCCGGUCGAGUCGGCGCGUGCAGGGGGUUUCCAGUUCUCCGCCUCAGGAACCAGGAUCGGAGGACGAGUAUGAAUUCGGCACAUUCGUCGUGGAGGACGAUGCGGAGAUUUCGUAUGCUGGAUCCAGCGAGCUAUGACGAUCCGCACCCACACACAUCUAUUGCACUACGACGCUUGGACGUAUUGUAGACACAUUGGGCGAUAUUGAAACGUGCCUCAUCGUCCCAUCACUCUUCACCGGCCCCUUCUCGUCUGCAUUUAGCAUUGCUGAUGUGGAAUGCUGCAACCCCGGUGUCAGAAAGCGUCUUAGCUCUUUAUUCUUGUAUCUGCUACAGGCUGUCGCUUCCGGUAGUGAGCCCCUGAUUAUCUACUGAGACCCUGCGGGGAGUUCAACCCUCCCGAAUUCGGAGCACUCUGCUAGCUCCUCGAUGAUCCAGUAGAAGGACACUUGAGUCAAUGCGUCCACAGCAACUUUUCCUUCAGCAGGUCCUAUGAGCAGGUCCUAUGGCGAUGAUAGUCAUAGCCCCCGGCCAUCCCGUCGGUUGAAGAAACGGUCAGGCGCACGGACGUGUACUCGGCCUUCGCAACUGCCCUCCCAAAGCAGCAAGGUCCGUUCCAGAAAUCCCCGAGUCAAAGCACUCGUUCCCCGAGCCAGGGUGAGGGCCAUCACCAUCUGAUAUGAAAGCAUAUGGCGCCAUCGACCGUGAGAGCGAUACGUGGCAUCACGCUGGGCAGAGGGUUUGCGGCGAGGGGGAAGGUCCGUGAGGCUGAGUGCCGAGACGCAAGCCCCCGGACGUCGUAGACAGCUAUUACUGGGGCUGAAUAGCGCCUGUCGCUAACAACGGCGAUGACAUUGGCAUCGGAUGGCCGGCCCGAAGCGGCGCUGAGUUUGAUGAGCACAGUUGAGGAUGUCGAAAGGGAAGGGGAGGUCUCAGGAUCGUUCACCACGACGGUGCGCAGUUGUUCCCAGCCUGGAGGUAGUCGAGGUAAAAGUUCCUGUGUACGAUGGCCUGGAGGGUCCUAGACUGCAUAUUUGAAGAGCCAAGAGAUAGUGAAGGUAUAACAGAAGGUCGACCGACUGUCGAAG